AUGCUCAAUCCGGAUUUGAUACAACUGCUGUUGGCUAAUCAGGCGGCUAAUGCGAACUUAUAUAACCCGUUGUUAGCGCCUCCUAUGAUGCUGGCAUCACUGCCAACUCCAUUGAUACAAGCGCCUCUCCCUCCUCCACCUCAGCCAUUCCAAUUCCUACAACCACUCCCACUACCAAUCCCAUCUGCUCCUCCAAUCCUCCCACCCAUCUCCACUCCACUCUCUCCAACUCCUCUUCUCUUUCCGACGGCAACUCCAAAAGUAGAAGAACCAACCAUCAAAACCGAGCCAUGUGAUCAUCAACCAUCCACAUCUGGAACUGAAUCCUCGAUUCCAUUCGAAAUGGGAUCAAUCCCCACUUCCACCUACUACCCGACUCAUUUCAUGCGUGGAACUCAACUUCACGUGCCUAAUGGAGGCAUCAAGAAAGUCGAGAACUUAUCUUCUGAUGACUUCUUGAAAUGCGCUCCUGACUCGGAUGAUGCCAUUGUGAAUGCGUCGAUAGUGAGAGACAUUAGAAUACAUUGUGGAAGUGUGACAAUCGUUUUUGAGGUUGGAAAGGAGAAACAGCAGGUUUCACUGAAAUGUCAAAUCGAACACCCGUUCUUCGUGCUUGGCAAAGGAUGGAGCAGCUGUAAUCCGCGAAAAACUGGAGAGAACUAUGGAUUGGAUUGCGAACUUUUGGUGAUAGGCAAUGUUUGUGUGGUUCUGACGCGCGAAGAAGACGAAAAAACUGCUUGUGCGGUUGAUAUUGUGACUGCUCAACGGGAUUUAGAGUUGUUUAAUCAAUGUGCGGCACUUAGAGAAGACCUUGUUGAAGUUUAUUAUGAGCACGUGUCCGGACGAGUUUCUGCACCACCCGAACGGACAUUGACGAAUCCACCGGUUUUUUCGCGGGAAAGACGAUAUUCGGAAUAA